AUGAGAUUAAUUUCUAUGCAUGUUUUGAAAUGGGAUCCCGAAAAUCCAAUUUUUUUAUCCUCUGCUUAUGAAUUAGGAUUUAUUAGUUGGUAUUAGCGUCCAUUUUUCAAAGAAACUUUAAAUUUCGGUGUUAGAACUAUGACAGCUCGUGUUUAAAAAGGUGAUAGAACAGUUGUAUAAUUAGAUGAAGCUAAAGCUAUGGCAUAUGUUGUAGUAUCAAAUGAUAUAGCAGUAGUUAUAGUAUGUGAUGAAGAAUACCCAUAGAAGACUCCAUUUGUAAUAAUUAGAGAAGUUUUUUCUGAAUUUUUCAAAUUAUUCACUGCCUAGUAAAUUGGAGAUAUAAAAUCUGAUACAAAUCUUAAGUUUGAGAGACUUGAAGUAAUGGUCAAAGAAUAUUAAGAUUAUAAGAAAGCAGAUAAGUUAGCUCAACUUGAAAGCAACUUAAAAGAAGUCCAUGAAAUAACUCAUAAAAUAAUGGGAGAUUUACUGAGAAAGGGUGAAAAGCUAGAAGAAUUAAUGGCAAAAAGUAAAGAUAUGGGUAGUGUUAGUGUUGAUUUUUAUAAAAAAUCUAAAAAAUUAAAUUCACGUUGUUGUUCUUUGAUAUGA